GUCACAGUUUCCCUUCAGCCCAAAAUUUUAGCCGAACAAUCACACACAAUAUAGAGCAACGAUCCUCUGCAGUGCUCAUCCUUCUCUCUCUCAUAGUUUAUAGUCCCAUCCAACCUUAUUUAAUCUUGAAGGUUUCAUGGUCACUAAGCUAGUUCACCCAUCAAUGACGGAUUCCCAUGUGAGUCCUCUGAUUUGUAGAACCAUGAAUGUCAUGAAACUUCAAGGAUUUGUCUCAACUAGAAAUCAUUCAAGGAUAAACACCUCAAGAUUUGGUGAAAGAGCAUUAUGGUUUAGACCCAUUACCAUCAUUAGAGUUGCAGCAGAACACAACUCUGGCUCAGGCUUAGUUGAGUAUGAAACACUUGCUCAGAGGAAAAGAGAACUUUACCAUGCGGUGGAAGGAAUCAACCGGGGGAUUUUUGGAAUCCCAUCUGCCAAGAAAUCUGAAAUUGAAAGUUUGGUGAAGCAGCUUGAAUCUCAGAAUCCAACUCCACACCCAACUCUGGAACUGGAGAAGGUGGCUGGGUGCUGGAAGCUUGUGUACAGUACAAUCUCAAUCCUGGGAUCAAAGAGGACCAAACUAGGCCUCAGAGACUUUAUCUCAUUGGAUGAUUUUUUUCAGACUAUUGAUGUAUCAAAGAGCAAAGCAGUUAACGUGAUCAAGUUCAGUGCAAGGGGGUUGAGUUUGUUGUCUGGACAGCUUAGUAUUGAGGCUUCUUUCAAGAUUGCUUCCACAACAAGGGUUGACAUUAACUUCGAAAACUCCAUGAUCACUCCUGAUCAGUUGAUGAAAGUAUUUCGGAAAAAUUAUGAUCUUUUGUUGGGCAUCUUCAAUCCAAAGGGAUGGCUGGAAAUCACAUAUGUUGAUGACACCAUGAGAAUAGGAAGGGACGACAAAGGCAAUAUCUUUGUCCUUCAAAGAUUUGAAGAUAAUAAUGACUCGUAGCCAAUUUGCUUCCACUUUAAUCUUCCAAUUUGCUUUUGUUUUAAGAAUUUUGUUGGCCAUGGUUCAUUCUAGGAAAUAUGUCAGAAAUGUUUUCUUAUAGGAAUUAUAUUUGCCAGAAAGAAACAUGUUAUGUUGCUUAAACAAAGCCAAUAAACAUGUUAUGGAAGGGAGAGGAAUCAGGAAUGGCUUCCAUUCCCUACUUUUACAUACAAAUGGAGUGUGAAUUCAUGGUGCAUAAGAGACUUCUCCACACCAAUUAUUUUCCUAAGAGCCACAUAAUCUUUUCUGUUGUUUC